GGGCGGCGGUAGCGGAAGCUUCUCCCUGCUUGCGCCGCGUCGCGUCCUGUCCUGUGCCUGGCCCCGCCACCUUCCGCUCUCGUCGGCAGCAUGACAGCUCCCGCCUCCGCCUCCCGCAGGUGACACCCCGCGGGCUCUUCCGCCUCGUAUAUGGGCCACCUGCUCUCGAAGGAGGCUAGCAGUCUGAGUCGGGACCGUCGCUGCCGCCGGGGGAGGAAGGUGCCGCCGCCACGCAGCCGGAGCUGCUUCCUGCGCGGGCCCUGCAUGCUGUGCUUCAUCGUGCACAGCGCCAGCCCGCCCGCUCCGGAGCAGCCCCUGCCCGCCCGCGACCCCCUGCCGCCGCCGCCCUACGCGGCCCUCGCCACCGCGGAGCAGCGCGCCGCCCGCCGCCUCCUCUGCCUGCCGCCCGCCGCCUGGGAGCCGCGGAGCCGUUGCCAGCGCCUCCUCCUCUCAGGCCUGCUGCCCUCGCCGGUGCGAGGCCUCCUGGGGCCGGCCAGGCCGCCCGGCGAGGUCGCCUCCGAGAUGGUGUGUAAGCGCAAGGGAACCGGCCUGCCCGCCUGCCCGCCCAGCAAGCAGCCGCGCUGCGCUGCCGCCGCCGCCGCGGAGCCCGAGGCCGGCUCCGCGGCGAGCGGUGGGGACGCGUCGGCCCGGGGCGCUGCCGGGGACAGCGGCGGCGGGGGGCAGCCCGCCUCGCCGCCGCCGCCCCCCGCGCUGGAGGAGAAGGAGGAGGAGGAGGAGCAGAAAGAGAAGGAGAGGGGCGGCGAGGCGGGCUGCGAGGAGCCGCAGGAACACCCCGGCGACGGCUGCCGGGAGCCGCUGCUGGCGCUCACCCCAAACAUUAACCAUCUGCCGCCCUCCAUCCUCCUCAAGAUAUUUUCCAAUUUAUCCCUGAAUGAGCGUUGCCUUUCAGUGUCAUUAGUCUGUAAAUAUUGGCGUGAACUCUGUUUAGACUUUCAGUUUUGGAAGCAACUGGAUCUCAGUAGUCGUCAACAGGUCACUGAUGAGCUGUUGGAAAAGAUAGCAUCAAGAAGCCAGAAUGUUACUGAAAUCAAUAUUUCUGAUUGUCGCAAUGUAUCUGAUAAAGGAGUAUGCAUAUUAGCAAUUAAAUGCCCUGGGCUCCUAAGGUAUACUGCCUACAGGUGUAAACAGCUUUCUGACAUCUCUAUUAUUGCAGUUGCCUCUCAGUGUCCUCUUCUUCAGAAAGUGCAUGUAGGCAAUCAAGACAGACUCACUGAUGAAGGCCUAAAGCAGCUGGGUUCAAAAUGCAGAGAAUUGAAAGACAUUCAUUUUGGGCAGUGUUACAAGAUCUCAGAUGAAGGAAUGAUCUUUAUAGCUAAAGGCUGUGAGAAGUUGCAAAGAAUAUACAUGCAAGAAAACAAAUUAGUGACAGAUCGGUCAGUGAGGGCUUUUGCUGAACAUUGUCCUGAGCUGCAAUAUGUUGGUUUUAUGGGCUGCUCUGUUACAUCAAAAGGAGUCAUUCACCUCACCAAACUAAGAAACCUUUCCAGCUUGGAUCUACGUCAUAUCACAGAACUGGACAAUGAAACAGUGAUGGAAAUAGUAAAGAGAUGCAAAAACCUUAAUUCCCUCAAUCUGUGUCUGAACUGGAUCAUUAAUGACAGAUGUGUGGAAGUGAUUGCCAAAGAAGGCCGGAACCUGAAAGAGCUAUAUUUAGUAUCCUGUAAGAUCACUGACUCUGCUCUGAUAGCCAUUGGACGAUACAGCAUGACAGUAGAGACAGUGGAUGUUGGAUGGUGCAAAGAAAUCACAGACCAUGGAGCCACCCAAAUUGCACAAAGCAGCAAGUCUCUCAGAUAUUUAGGGCUGAUGAGAUGCGAUAAGGUGAAUGAAGCCACAGUAGAGCAGCUAGUGCAGCAGUAUCCACAUAUAACCUUCAGUACCGUGCUGCAGGAUUGCAAGAGGACAUUGGAACGGGCUUAUCAAAUGGGCUGGACACCCAGUAUGUCUACUGCCUCUUAACCUCCUAUACAACAUGAGAGUUCCACUCUGUGGCAUUCAGUAGUUUUAAUGGGGAUUACACAGGGUUCACAACUCUCAUAUGAUGCAAUAUAAUUGUGAGUUUCCAGAGGUUACAGUAAAAUGGCAAAUGCUGUACGCUGACUUUAAUGUAAUGUACAACUAAGUACUAAUAUUGAAGCAAAACUUUAGAAAUGCAUUGUGGUUUUGUUAGCAUAAAAGAUAUAAAAGCCUUUGGCAGCUUUCUUGAAGUGGAUUCCUACUAGUUCUCUGGAUAGUUUGAGUUAUAGAAGAUGUUAAACUUGUUUUCCACUGUUUAGUUUACUUUGCUUUGGUCAUCGGUGUUUCCAUUGAUUUGUAAAUGGUAACUCAGUGCUAGCAGCGGUGCAGUUGAUCAACAGAGGCCUGUGUUGAAACUGGGAAUUAAAUUUGAUGCUUACUAUUUACUAACGUUAUCCCAGGAGUUUUAAGAUGCACAGUAAUAAGAAAAUCUACAAAGAACUGUGAUUUUCUUACAUACAUUUUGAUAAUUAUACAAAUCAUCAAACAGAAAUCUUAGUAAACAAUGAUGAUGAGAGAAUGGAUAUUUAAUGGACAAUCUUACUUAUUUUCUAUCACUCAACAGAAUUGCUGUCUUCUUUCAUUUUGUUUUGUUUAAAAUAAAGUGCUGCAGAGACUUUCAAAUCUUUCCACCUUGCCAUUUUUAUAAGUGAGUUAACAGUGCUUAACCUAACAGUGAUAACCAGUUCCUACUUCAUAAAGUCAAACAAUAAUUGAAUACACCAACUAUCAGAAAUAAGUUAACAGACAAUGUUUAAAUAUCUGCUUGAAAAAAUUACUUUCUUUUUCAAAUGAACUUGUCUCCUUUGACUAUGUGUCAUGGUUUCAGCCCAGCCGGUGACAAAGCACCACGCAGCCACUCGCUCACUCCUCCCCUGCCAGCCACGGUGGGAUGAGGAGAAAUAUAAAGGCAGGCUCAUGGGUCAAGACAAGGACAGGAAGGGAUCACUCACCACUUAUGGUCAUGGGCAAGAGACAGGCUCAACUUGGGGAAGAAACAAAAUCAAUUUAAUUUACUACCAAUCAAAUCAAAACAAGGAUAUUAGGAAGUAAAACCAAACCUUAGAACACCUUCCCCCCACCCCCUCCCUCCUUCCCGGCUCAACUCCACUCCCGGUUCUCUCUACCUCCUCCCCACAGCAGCACAGAGGAACAGGGAAUGGGGGUUGGGGUCAGCUUGCCACACCUUGUCUCUGCUGCUCCUUCCUCCUCAAGGGGAGGACUCCUCACUCUUCCCCUGCUCCGGCAUGGAGUCCCUCCCACAGGAGUCAGUCUUCCACAAACUUCUCCAAUGCGAGUCCCUCCCACAGGCUGCCAUUCUUCAUGAACUGCUCCAGCAUGGGUCCUUUCCACGGGCUGCAGUCCUUCAGUCACAGACUGCUCCAGUGCAGGCUUUCCCAUGGAGUCACGGCCAUCUUCGGGGUUAUCCCCCUGCUCCAGCGUGGGGUCCUCCCCGGGCUGUAGGUGGGCAUCUGCUCCCCUGCUCCCCUCCAUGGGCUGGGGGGGGACAGCCUGCCAUCUCACCACGGGCUGCAGGGGCAUCCUCUCCUCCCCCGCUCCUCCUCCCCUCCUUCUCUGACCUUGGUAUCUGCAGAGGUGUUUCUCUCACAUCCCGCUCCCCUCCCCCGCUGCAGCUUUGCCCUCUAAAAUCUGUUCUCCCAGAGGCACUACCACUGUCACUGAUGGGCUCAGCCUUGGCCAGCGGCAGGUCCGACAUGGAGCUGGGGAAGCUUCUAGCAGCUUCUCACAGGAGCCACCCCUGCGGCCCCCUCCCCCGCUACCAAAAAACCACGCCACGCAAACCCAUAACACUAUGCUGUUAUGUUGCUGAAUAGGGAAAUUCAGAUGAAUGGGUAAGCCAAUAACAGGAUUCCUCUCAUUUCCUGUGUGGUUGUUACUUUACAACAGAUCUUACAAUGCUUACCUCAAGAAGGCCAUCUAAACACGAGUCCCAUUGUGGGUAUUAUUUUGUCGGAUCAGAUGCUUCAUAAUACAGUGUCUGCAAGAAAAUACCCGGAGUAAAUACAUAAGAUUAAUUUUCUGUGUGUCACAUUGCAUUCUAAGCAGUUUAAUUUUACCAGGGGAUAGUGAAGAUACAGGCAUUUCAGCUUCAAUUUGAAGUUGCGUUAACCUUCAGAGUAUUACCAUUUGGUUAAGAAUGUUUUCAGGUGUGUAACGCUGGAUAUUUGUUCUUCAAAGGUUACAGCAUUUUAAUCCAAAGUAUGAAAUGCUUAAGCUUCAGCUGAAGAGUUGCCAUUAUUGUCAAAAUUUUUUGCAAAUCCAGAAGGCCUAAUGCAGCAUAACCUAGAAGCUUGUUUAGUAUGGCUGUAUAACUCUCUGUAAGACUGUUUGUUGAUGUCCAUAGCAUAAUUUUUUACAAAAGAAACAUCAGCUCACAGUAAUUCCAGUGAGAGUGUUGAAUGUUUUCUUAUUAGAGUUUUAAAAAUGGGGAUGAACUAAUUUCUCUGGAAAAAAUAUAUGCGAAGUUUUUGCUUUAAAUAAGUGGUAAAUACAUGUGAACGUGCGUAAUGCUAGGCUUUUUAUUUACUCAGAAAUGACAACAAUAUUUUCAGAAUAAAGCCGAUGCAUUAUAUUGCAGAUAUAGUACAGAAUCUUAGUCAUUUUCCAUUUAAUGUCUUUUUAUGAGUGCAUUAAAACUAUUCACACAAUUUGUAAGUUUCUAUUUUUUCGUGACACCUUUGAUCUUGUAAUGGGUUUUAAUAAAAGAGAGAGUAAAGA